AUGUCGCAUAAUAGCGGUGGCUAUUUCUAUUAUCGAUACACAUACGAUUGUCCCUACACUGACGCUAACGGCAAUCAUCAUACUGACGAUACCUACGAUACUGCGCUGUACUCCCCAGCUGCUCGUCAGGACCAUAAAGAACAAACCAAAUGGUAUAAGGAAAAGUUUCUUCCGGCCGCGCAAGCAGACAUCGAGAAGAACUUCUAUGGAGAUGCAGAUAGGAACACGAAGGGCCGCAAAUACGACCGAUACCAAUCCAACUUCAUCAGGCAGAUUGACUUCAUGUGGACCAAGACCCUUCCUACUCAUGACACUGGGCCGCUGAGAGGGUAUGCAUAUGGCAAGGAAAUCUGA